AUGUCGCAGAGGUCGGAGACGGGUACUAGUACUACAGGGGAGGACGACGCGGAGCAGCGGCUGCCGACGGCGAAGCGUUACCUGCAGGCAGAGGCGGGGGUGCUGGAGCGCCUGAUGUACAAGCACAAGCACCAGAACCAGCACCGUGGCGCUGCCUACUUCCAGUACCUCCUCAAGGUAAGGAGGGACCUGAAGCUGCUGCUCGGCGCCGGCUUCACGGAGGUCCUCAACGCCGUGUUCCCGGUUCUCGCAUGCCGCAAGCCGGCCAACACGAUCCUCGUCCCCACCAAGCAGACUAAGAAGAAACCUGGUGCAAACCACAGCCAUCAUGAGAGGCUUUUGGGUGUUGCCCGCUUGUUAUCCCAGAUGCUACUUGAGGUUGUGUCAAUAUACAAUAAGGUCAAUGAUCUUACUGAUAGGAAGCAGGCUGUUAAGAUUGGCAUCAGCAGAGUGCAGGCUUUGAGAGAGUACUACCCCUCUAUGAAUGAUGCAUGUACAGUUCUGGAGUGCGUAUGGGUAAAAGAUAAAUUCAUUUUGCAUGAAAAGGUUACUGAUAUCUGUCAGGAAACCCAAGGUAAGGAUCAGAAGUGCUGUGAUCCUGAAUCUCCAAUCCAGUAUGAAACACUUGCAUUCAUUAGUGAAGGUUGA